AUGUCUACGAUUGGCUCUUUGGUCUUCUGCACGGAUUGCGGUUCCCUGCUGGACGGCUCCGUUGGUGAUCCGACAAGGAUUCUCACCUGCGACGUUUGCGGCGCGCGAAACAAAGAUACUGUGCCAAAGACGAUUGUCUCCGAGUCAAAACCCAGCGCAUUCCCUUCAACACUGCGAGCAAAGCGGUCCGCGAUCCAGAGUUUGACAGCCGCAGAUAAGCGGACAGAAGCAUUGAUUGAAAAGGACUGCCCGAAGUGUGGAAGAAAAGAAAUGUACUUCACCACGGUGCAGUUGCGCAGCGCAGACGAAGGAAGUACAGUAUUCUACACCUGUGUUUGCGGACACAAGGAGACGACAAACAAUUAG